AUGAAUCCUAUGUUUGACGUCCUUUUUGUCUUAACCGCUGUUUUGGCCGCGACCGCAAACGCCGGAAGACCAGUUCUUGACACUGAUGGUGAUUUCAUACUCGACGGCGGCAGUUACUACGUUCUCCCCAUCUUCUCCGGUGGCGGUUUGACUCUCUCUCCCCGUGGUGGCAACCAAUGUCCCCUUUAUAUCGGACAGGAAGAUUCAGAUGUCAACAGGGGCAUUCCUGUAAAAUUCUCAAAUCCAAAGUCUAGAUUUGGGUUCGUUCUUGAGUCAGUCAACCUCAACAUCAAGAUGGAUGUCAAGGCUACGAUCUGUGUUCAGUCAACCUAUUGGUGGAUCGCUGAGUCCGACAUGGGCACUAAGAAGUUCUUCGUAGUGGCUGGUCCUAAGCCAGAAGAAGAUUCAUUGAAGAGUUUCUUCCAGAUCAAGAAAACUCAAUAUUUUCAUAACGGCUACACAAUUGCGUUUUGUCCUAACGAAUACGAUUGCAUAGAUGUGGGGAUAUUUGUGGACGGAUCUGGCGUUUUGCGUUUGGCUUUAAGUCCAACGCCAUUCCCGGUUAUGUUCGUGAAUGCUAAUGGAACAUAUAUAGACUACAAAAUUCAGUAGAUAUAUAAUUACAAAAUUAAGUAGAUAUAUUUGUGUGUCACUUUUUUGUUUGUUCAUCAAUCAUCAUAUAUGGAAUAAAACAUUUUUC